CUCACCAUCUCUUGGAAUUCCACCAUCUUGCGAGCGAGGAGAGCAGUCACACUUCCUUUUUCCAGCACCGCGUCGUUGCGCCCUUAUCAGGAACGGAGCAGCCACACCCAGAAAAGUGAUCAGCUCUCCAAUCACGUCAUUUUCAUCCUUUUGUUUCCGUGAUGAGCGUUAGCCACCCUACAUCACCGGAGACUUCUACCUUUAACGGCAAGCAUGUGCAGGCCAACGAUGAGCUGGCCGCUCAGUCCCAGGUACCGGUGAUGCUCCAUGUGCAUGAUUUGCCCCAGCUCUAUCAAAAACCGUCAGCAUCCGCGCUCCUUCGUGUUUUGGAUCUUCUCGUGUCAGAACCGCCGAGCUUUUCAUCUUCGGGGAACGCCACCCGUCCCAAAGUGAGCGAACAGGGAGUUCCGAGAUAUCUCACCUCAAUUGUCUCGUCCGGUCUGAAUUGGAUUGAGGAUGAGGACCAAAGGGAUGCGAUAUGGAGCGCUGCAAGUGCCCGGCUAAGUGAGCGUUCGGGGAGAAAUGCAAUGCCUGCAAUGACACGGUCGUUCGAGAUUAGUGAUGACCUUACUAUCAACUUGCAUGAGCCUACCUUGACGGAAGAUAAUCUAGGGCUCAAGACCUGGACCUCGUCGGUCUUGCUGUCACGUCGGCUUCAAGAUUGUCGUCAAUACAUUCCAAUUGAAGUCACUCGAGUGUUGGAGCUAGGUGCUGGCACAGGUUUGGUGGGAAUUUCAGCUGCUUGCAUAUGGAAAACACAUGUGCUUCUAACUGACCUUCCGGAGAUACUCCCAAAUCUUCGGCGGAAUCUUGAGCAGAAUGGAGAUUUGAUCACAAUGAGCGGCGGAAGUACCGAGUCCCGGGCACUUGACUGGGCUGAUGAGAUGGAUACGCCGCGACGCGACGAGGACAAAUUCAUGGUCAUUGUUGCGGCCGAUUCUAUCUAUUCAGCUGAACACCCGAAGCUGCUUGUGAAUGCUGUAAGCCGCUGGAUUUGUGGCUCACCAGAGGCCAGACUCAUCGUGGAACUACCGUUACGUGAUCGUUAUGACGAGGAGAGACAAAGUCUGCGCAAUACAUUGCAACAGCAGAUGUUCGAGUUGAUUGUCGAGGGAACAGAGGUCGGGUUUGACGAUUGGUACCAGCGAGAUGGUAGCCCAUCGGAAGUCAUAUGUUGGUGGAGUAUAUGGAGACCCAUUCUUCAAGUCUGACCGGAGCUGUUCAAAGGCACCAUGUAUCUUGUAUCUCAAGC